AUGGCAAAGCCUUUAACAGCAGAUACAAUCUUACAAAAAACAAAAGCCGGGCGUCUCGACAAUGUAAAAAAUCUAAACUGCUGAGGAAUGGAUAUAGAAGACGUAAGUAUUCUUCGUGAAAUCCCAAAUGUUGAAGUCCUUUCCUUAAGUGUUAAUAAGAUUAGCACUUUAAAAUAUUUUCAAUGCUGUUCAAAACUUACAGAACUGGCUUCCUCUAAAAUAUUUUUUUAUAAAAAUAAUAAAUUUAAAAAAAAAAUUUUAAAUAUGACACAGAACUUUACCUUCGUAAAAAUUCAGUAUCAGAUUUGAGAGAACUCAAAUACCUGAAGAAUUUAUCAGGGCUAAAAGUGCUAUGGUUAUGGGAUAACCCAUGUGCUGAAAACGAGCGUUAUAGAGAAAUCGUGCUGAGCUACCUACCAAACUUGAUUAAGCUAGACAACCAAAAUGUAUCUCAAGAAGAAAAAUCUCAAAUAAAUCCAGCAGAAGUCCAAAAAACAAGAGAGGAAAUCGAAAAUCAUCCAAAGACUGCUGAGAAGUCUAAAUUACAAAGGGAUGAAAUUAUUAAAGAUGAAAGAAAAGAGUCAGAAAUGAGAAGGGAGCCAUCACCGUUUAGAGAACCUUUGAAGCCUAAAACAAGAAAUGAGGCAAAACAGAUAGAGAAGCCAGGAGAUAAUAUAUUAUGCGCGGUUUUAUCAUUAUUAAAAGAGCUUGAUGAAAAUAGCUUGGAGAUUGUUAAGCGUGAAAUUGAUAAAAAAGUUGGGAAUCGCUAA